AUGGUAUAUAUAACUACAUCGGAACCGUGGACAGGUACGUUUAUCUCGACAAGUACUGUUCCACAUAGUGGAACUAUUCCUGGAUCUAUUAUCGUACAGACGCCUAUAGUAUAUGUAAGUACAACGGAACCGUGGACUGGUACUACUACCUAUACUACAUCGAUUGAUCCUAGUGGUACCGUCCCUGGCACAAUUAUUAUUCGUACGCCUUUCAGUUAUAUAAGAACGACCCAGCCAUGGACUGGUACUAUUGAUUCCACUACUACCGUUGCUCCAAGUGGGACUAUACCGGGAACCGUUAUUGUCUUAACUCCAAUUCCGUUGUCCUUAUCCUUUAACAAGCCUUCGUAUUGUGAUUCAUUAUGCUCCUUUGGCUCGUCGAAUGCUUUUGUAUCUGCAUCUAGAGCUGGAGUUGCAGUUGCUGGAGUGCUUAUAACUAUAACUAUUCCAUCAGGUUUUACAUUUUCUGGUGGAUCUGGAACAUUUUCCGGGUCAUCGAAUUCACAAGGUGUAUUAUCCAUACCAUCCUUUACGAUUCCUUGUAAUUCUUGUAAUAUGACAAUAAUAUCAUUUACAAUUACAGCUAUUGCUGCUGGUGCUAGUCAAGCAACAGCACAAGUUGAAUCUGGAAAUUUACUGAGCUUUACUAUUCUAAGCAACCAUACAAUAAGAAUUACUGAAAAUAGUAAUUGCAACUAUGCUGGCAGUCUAUAUGCAUAUUAUGCUUUAUUUAAAUAUCCUAUCUGUACUUCAGGAUUUACUAUUAACGAGGGCAAAGCAUCCGGCAAAAUGAUUAUUAGCUGUCCUUGUAGUGCGAACUAUAGCACUUUUGCCGUUGAGACAGCUCUUGAUAAUUUAUUUAUUCCCGCACACAGCUCUAUUUACAUUCCUUUUAGAAUGGCAACACUUUGCCAGCCCGGCGGCGGCCCUAUUUCCCCAGUAUAUGGGUCCUUAACUCUAGGGGCUCCGUAUAUAUAUCCAGUUUUAGCCAAUAUUUUCAUUGCGGACCAAUCCAUCAAUAGGCUUACAGGUCCUCAUGAUUCUUCUUAUUUCUUGGACUACCCUACAGGGUCAAAUGAAGUUACUUUCUAUAGGACAACUCCAGCGUCGUCACAGCUUAUGCAAUGUUUGCCGGGUGCAUUAGAGGAUGAGGAUUAG